AUGAGCGACCAUGGCUGUAUACACUUGAAUAAUUUUAAAGCUGCUAAAGGAAUACAACCUUACAAAGCUGUGAGCUGUUUGUGUCACACUUGUAAAUCAUACAAGGAUCGCCUACACUCUUGUUUACAUUGUAUAUUUUUUGGUUGUUAUGUCAAAGGACACAUACAGGAACAUGCCAAAACAAAAAAACAUUUUUUAGCUGUUGAUUUGUGUUACGGAAAUAUAUUGUGCUUCCAAUGCGGCGAUUACGUAUAUGAUCGUGAACUGCUGACUGUCGCUAAAGCACAAUGGAGCGAGUCAGCAAAAUCAUUGUCUUUAGGAGAAUUUUAUCGCGCUUGGGAACCAACGCAAGUAGAGGCCGAUUUAUUGAGAAAACAUCCAAGACGCCGACGAGUUGUAGAAAAUUCAACAAUCGGCUUGAGAGGCUUGAUAAAUUUAGGAAGUACAUGUUUCAUGAACUGCAUAGUCCAAGCACUGACUCACACUCCAUUGCUACGCGAUUAUUUUCUGGCGGACCGUCAUCAUUGCCCGCAGCCCAGUCGUUGUCUAGUUUGUGAAGUAUCACACUUGUUUCAGGAAUUUUACUCCGGUAGCAAGGCGCCUUUGACGCUCCACAAGCUCCUACAUUUGAUAUGGACCCACGCGAGGCAUCUAGCGGGUUACGAACAACAAGACGCUCAUGAAUUUUUUAUAGCGACUCUAGAUGUCUUGCAUCGACACUGCGAAGCUGCUCCAAUUCUUGUAAAAGACAACCCUCAUCACUUCUCUACGACCAUCGAUCCGUUCUGGGAUAUAUCUUUAGACCUAGGUCCAACAGCCGGUGCUUCUGGUGCAGACUCAAAUGGACCACCUACAUCCUUACUAGACUGCUUGGAGCGUUUUACCCGUGCAGAACACUUGGGCUCUAGUGCCAAAAUAAAAUGUAGCAAGUGUCAGACUUAUCAGGAGAGUACUAAGCAACUAACUAUGAAGCAACUGCCAAUCGUUGCGAGUUUUCACCUCAAACGUUUUGAACACUCCAGUAUUCAGGACAAAAAAAUCUCAACCUUCAUUUCAUUUCCUGAACAACUAGAUAUGACACCUUUUAUGUCUCACCGGCGUAAUGGCAACAACAACAGUGCAGCUAUCGAAAGGCUACAGAAAAAUGGCGAGGACACUGCAUUCAGUGAUAAUAGAUAUUCUUUGUUUGCGGUUAUUAAUCAUGAAGGAUCUUUAGAAACUGGUCAUUACACAGCUUUCAUUAGACAGCAACGUGAUCAGUGGUUCAAGUGUGAUGAUCAUUUGAUCACUAGAGCCAGGCUUAAAGAUGUUUUAACCAGUGAAGGGUACUUAUUGUUUUAUCACAAACAAAUUCUUGAGUACAGUCGUAGAAGUAAAGUAUGA